AAAAAAGUCCAGUUUCCAGUCCAUGUUAGAGAGAGAGAGUGUAGAAAGGGGCCAGAAGGGGGUUUGACUUUCGUGUUAGGAAAAUAGGAAGAUCUCUGCUGCUUCUCUUUUUAUUCUUCUUCUUGUCUGAGCGCAAGAGUUAAAGACGGCAUAACUAAACACAACACACCAAAACAAAAACACAGCUUUUCUAUUACAAUCACUCUCUCUCUCUCUCUCUCUCUCUCUGAUGCCACCAGUCACUUUCUUUGCAUCACUCAGAUUCAAUCACUACUAUGUUGAGCAAUGAGAUUUAGAUUGAAGAAAUGGGGUGUGUAAUCAGUCGAGAAGUGUCGGGUAUAGUAUCUGAGGCAAAUGAGGAUAAGAAUUUGAGUUCUCAGUCAAAUAGGAAGGUAGAUGAUGUUCCAGCAAGGAAAGUAGAGAGGAAUGAUGUUGAGGUCCAUAAUGGUGGGAUAAAAAAGGAGGAGAAGGAUGGUGGUAAUGGGGGUCAGCGGCCUCCAGGGGAGAAGAGAAGGUCUAGGGGGAAUCCAAGGUUGAGUAGUCUAUCAAAGCAAUCACGAGGAGAGCAGUUUGUGGCGGGCUGGCCAUCGUGGCUCACAGAUGCUUGUGGGGAGGCACUCCAGGGGUUGGUUCCACGAAGGGCGGACACUUUCGAGAAGAUUGAUAAGAUUGGGCAAGGAACAUAUAGCAACGUGUACAAAGCUAAAGAUAUAUUGACGGGUAAAACUGUUGCACUGAAAAAGGUUCGAUUUGAUAAUUUGGAACCUGAGAGUGUGAAAUUUAUGGCUAGAGAAAUUCUCAUUUUGCGGCGACUGGAUCAUCCCAAUGUUGUAAAGUUGGAGGGUUUGGCUACGUCAAGGAUGUCUUGUAGUUUGUAUCUGGUGUUUCAGUACAUGGAACAUGAUUUAGCUGGACUCGCUGCUAGCCCAGCAAUCAAAUUUACUGAGGCUCAGGUCAAAUGUUACAUGCAUCAAUUACUAUCUGGACUUGAGCACUGUCACAACCGUGGGGUGCUUCACCGUGACAUUAAAGGAUCGAAUCUUCUUAUUGACAAUGAUGGAAUACUCAAGAUUGCGGACUUCGGGUUGGCUAUUAUCUGUGAUCCAAACCACAAACGGCCUAUGACUAGUCGGGUGGUCACUCUUUGGUAUCGACCUCCUGAACUUCUUCUUGGAGCUACUGAUUAUGGUGUGGGCAUUGACCUUUGGAGUGCAGGUUGCAUUUUAGCUGAGUUAUUGGCUGGGAAGCCAAUUAUGCCUGGUCGUACAGAGGUAGAGCAACUACAUAAGAUAUACAAACUAUGUGGCUCACCAUCAGAUGAAUACUUUAAAAAAGCAAAGUUGCCAAAUGCAACCUUAUUCAAGCCCCGAGAACCUUACAAAAGAUGCAUAAAAGAGACGUUUAAAGAUUUCCCACCAUCAUCAUUGCCCCUUAUUGAUACUCUUCUUGCAAUUGAUCCUGCGGAACGUCGGACAGCCACAGAUGCAUUAAGAAGUGAGUUCUUCACAACAGAACCUUAUGCUUGUGAACCUUCAAGCCUCCCAAAAUAUCCACCAAGCAAGGAAAUGGAUGCUAAACGACGGGAUGAUGAAGCUCGGAGAUUAAGAGCUGCUAGUAAAUCCCACGCUGAAGGUCCAAAGAAAACACGUACACGUGAUCGUGCUGCUAGGGCAUUUCCUGCUCCAGAAGCCAACGCUGAGCUUCCAUCUAAUCUUGAAAGAAGGCGUUUUAUGACCCAUGCAAACGCAAAGAGCAAGAGUGAGAAGUUUCCUCCACCACACCAAGAUGGACAACUUGGCUUUCCCUUGGGUGCUUCACAUCAUAUUGAUCCUGCCAAUGUUCCUCAAGAUGUCCCAUUUAGUUCAAGUUCAUUAAUUUAUUCAAAAGAUUCACUCCAAACUUGGUCAGGUCCAUUGGGUGACCCUGCUGGCCUUGGUGCUCCAAGGCGGAAGAAGCAUGCUGCAGGUGAUGAACGAGAAGCAUCAAAAUCACAGAGAGUUACCCACAGAGACAAAAUUAUUGAUGUUCGUGAUAAAGGAAAGAAAAUUAUGGCUUAAUCUUUUUGAAUGCAUACAUCAAGAUUCAGAAGAUCUGUUAGGCCUAAGCUUGCUCACAGUUUCGAUGAAAUCCUACUGCAAUGUAAUGCAAGUCUAUCCAAUCAGCCUGCUUUUCGCAUAGAGGGAUGUAAGUCAUUGGUUAAAAGUGCGGGGGUAUAAUCAAUUUUUCAUUUUAUAGUCCCUUACUUUUUUUUUAAUCCCCAAAAAGAUUUUUUUUCCCCUGCUCAAUUGUUGGAAAAGUGAGAAAAUUCAUCCUAUUAUGUAAAUCUUUUUCUUUUUCUUUUUAAAUCAUUUUUCCUUGGUUCCACAGUUCCUUGUGUUGAAAACUGAAUACUGCUUAGAAUAGUAAAAAAAAGAAUCUAAUAAAUGCAGCAUAGCACCAUUCUUGUGUUUGAAGUUUUGUUCAGCAAUCUAGCUUCUCAGGAUAGAUGGCUUCCAAAUGCCGUUCUCAAUCUCUAAUUUUCUUUGUACUUCAUGCUAAAGUCUUGGACCUAUUCUAUGUAUUGACUCUCAUUGGAUUGUUAUAAGAGAUUCUUUUAUGA